AUGGGUGCCCGCCCCAGGCGAUGCAGGCCGAUUCCAUCGCUGUGGAUUGUCUGUUUGUAUGCACCUCUAUACAUAGACAUAUGGUUUGCAUCUUUACACAACGUAUCCUCGUUCAUAUUCCAUGCCAGGACAAGAUGGAGAGCGAAAAGCCCUUGUAGCGUAGCCAUGACGUCGCCGUCGCCGCACGUGACGGCCACAACAGGGCCUGCACCGCUGUCUUUGCAAGCCCCCUUCUCUCAUUUCACCGUCACGAGGGCGUCGCUGGAAGGAGGCUAG